UAUGCAUGCGAAACAUUUGACUUCACGCAGGAAAACGCAAGGACAGGAUUGGGAAGAAUAAAUUAUUGAAAAUAUGUUUUCUCUCAACCUUGUAUGGAUACUCUGUGUUAUUUUCAUCUCUCCUGGAACCAGUUUAUCAGAAAAGUUAUUUGGCCGAGCUUUCGCCGUAAUCUGGAAUGCACCGAGCGAAGUGUGUGAAAGACACCACGGAAUAAAGUUUAAUUUUGACCAUUAUAACAUAAUUCAAAAUACUGGUGACCAUUUCCAAGGUGACAAGAUGGUAAUCUUUUACGAAAAACAGCUCGGAUUGUAUCCUUUCAUCUCACCAAACGGAACCCACGUAAAUGGGGGUAUACCACAGCUGCAUAACUUGAAGGAACAUUUAAAACAAACCAAAUUAGACGUGGAGAAAGUAAUUCCUUCAAAGAACUUCAAGGGUCCAGCAGUCAUUGACUGGGAAAAUUGGCGUCCUUUGUAUGAAAGAAACUUUGGUGAUAAGAGGAUAUACAAAAAACUUGCGAUAGCUGAUGUACAAAAACAACAUCCUAGUUGGAAUGUAGCAGAAGUAAACUUCGAUGCUGAAAUCCAAUUCGACGAGGCUGCAAGAAAACUGAUGUCGUCUACUUUAGAGCUGGGUGAAAAAUUACGAAGUGACGGUAGAUGGGGAUUUUAUGGUUUCCCCAGAAUAUACCAGAAAAUACCAGAGCAAACAAGAAUUGCCAACGAUAGACUUGGCUGGUUAUUUUCUUUAAGCUCUGCAUUAUAUCCAUCAAUCUAUUUACACUCGAAAAACGACACUUGGCUAAAACACUUCCAUUUCGUUGUGAACACUUUAAAUGAAACAUUCCGAAUAUAUGACAAAUUUAGUUUCAAAAAUAAAACGUUUGUGGUUCCUUAUGUGAGAUUUCGGUAUGAACAUCCUGAAGUACUUUUUACCAAGGCUGAAUUACUGCUUUCCAUGACAAUACCAGCUGCAACAGGCAGCGCCGGCGUGAUUAUCUGGGACAGUUCAUUUAGUUAUAGAAACCGAGAACAUUGCAAAACAUUGAAAAAUUAUGUAACCACAACCCUUGGACCCUUUAUUAAAAAACUGACCGAAACUUUCCAAUAUUGCAGUGAGCAUCUAUGUAAUGGUAAUGGUCGCUGUGUGAAGUCAUGGGGGACAAUUGGUGAUAGUACAUAUUGGCGUAAUUCUAAAGGGGAGUUUAAUACAUUUGAGGACUUAAAGUUGAAUGAGUUUGACAGACGUGAGUUGAAAACCCUUCUUAAUAUUGUGAACAACGCAACUGAAUCGCAUUUACUGAAAAGGGAAAUUAAGGACAUGUUUACCUGCAAGUGUUAUACAAAGUGGACAGGAAAACAUUGCGACAACCGCCGGCCAUAAAUAUAUAUUCUAAUAUUUUAACGGAAUUUCCUUAUCAUUGACAGAUGUGGGGUGAAUAGGUUGAAAUUUUAAAUGAUACAACUGAAAAUAUAUGAAUAUGUAUUAUAAAAUAAUUUACAGUGAAAAAAUAUAGAGAAAAAAUAUAUAAGAAGAGAUAAAAAACAUUUAAUUAAAAGAUAAAGUGUUUUUUUAUAUGGCCUCAGUGAUUUUCUAAUUAUUUGUUCAGAAUCAAAUCUUGAGAUAAAGAAAUUUAUAGAUCAGACACGGGCAAACUUUUUCGAGAAAUGAGCCACAUAAGACACCGUAUCAUCAUCAAGUGGACCGCACUACUAGAAGAAUGAAAACAAUUUUAUGUUAUGGAUGUCAUUCAAAAAGCCCCUAGGUCCGCGGUGUGCCAAUUACUGUUCUACAGCAUUUGACAUCUAAAAUAUAUACGCUUAAAUCUGGUUUGUAUGUAUUUGUCUUAUUGGCAUUUAAAUAUUUUUCAUUCUACCAUACUAUGGCUGCAGAUUCUUCAAAAACAUUACAUUCAGUUAGAUAUAUUUCGAUAUUUAAUUAUAAAUAUGCAAAUCAUUUUCCGUUAAUAAAGUGAUU